AUGACUCCGUGGAAGACGCUGCUCUUGUUCGUCCUCCUCCUGGGGCCUUCCCUGCAGGGCGCCCGCGCAGCUCGAGGGGUCAACGUGGGCCGGGAGUGCUGCGCCGAGUACUUCAAAGGGGCCAUCCCCGUGCGGAGGGUGGUGCGGUGGUACCGGACCUCGGAGGAGUGUACCAGGGAUGCCUUCGUGUUUGUAACUGUCCAGGGCAGGUCCAUCUGUGCGAACCCCAAGGACGCCUCGGUGAAGAGGGUGAUCAAACACUUACAAAGAAUCAUGAAGCUACGUCAGUCCAGCAUCAGGAAGUCCUGA